UGCCCAUUCUCUUUCUGCCAUCCUGGCAGAGCCUGGGAGAUUUUUCGCCCACGUCCCAAGGUCUCGACCUCUUUGCCGUGGGAGCUUUUCAAAAGGGAAUUGGAUGGUGCCUCGAUGACAGAGGCGCUCAUUCAGGACCGCUGCGCAAUUUUCAUUUCAGAUUUGCCAAAUGGGCUCUCGCGUGACAAGAUUACCAGACUUCACUUGGCACAUGGCUUGGCGGAGCCCGUGGACUUUCAGCUCUUGCAUCACAGUCCUGACAGCCAGGCGAACUGCGCGGUCUUCCGCUAUGCAGAUGCUGCUGCCGCAGAAAGAGCCCUUGAGGUGUUAUCAGGGUUGCCCGUGGAGUACAACGGGAAGUACUGGCCGCUUCGUGUGCAGCCUGCUGGCAUCAAGAUAAACCCGGCUCCUAUUCAGAUGCCACGGCAGGUGGAGCUGACGAAGGAUGCCAUUAUCCAUGUGGCGCAGGUGCCCUCGGAGUGGUCGGCAGAGGAACUGAGGCAGCUGCAUCAGUCCCUGGUUAUUGAGGAGUUUCAAAAUGUAAAGAUUAUGCCAUCCUCCGACGGAGGCAUCACGCGCCACGCCUAUCUGCAGUACAGGACAGCUGCUGCAGCCUGGAGUGCUGUGAAAAGGUUGUCAGGCAACCUGGUGCAUGUGUCCGGAGGGGUGAGGCAGCUGGCGGCUGAGCUUUCAGCCCCAGAGACCCAGGUUUCUGGCCCGGAACCGGAGAGGUACCUGAAUGGCAAUAAGCCACGCCCUCAGGCCCCACAAGGUCCAGGCGCUCCAGUCGCUCCAGGUCCGGGCGGUCCAGGCGGUAGCCGAGUGCCCAAAGAGAAGGCGCGGAGCGCGUUUGAGCCGGGGCCCAACCACGACCCGUUUACGUUGUACCUCUCGGACAUGCCCAGCGAUUUUAGCAAGCAGGACCUGGACCGCUUGCAUGACCAUCUCAAUUUGCGAAAGCCCAAGUCGAUCAAGGUCGUCUUCCUAAGGCUAAAGAAGGGGAAAAGUUCCGCGAUCUUGCGAUACGAGACCACGGAACAGGCAAAAGAAGCACUGACUAUGCUCCACGACCGCGUGUUGCUGGUCAACGAGCACUCAGGAGAGGAGCAGCAUCCGCGAGCACAGUAUGCAAAGCGGCGAGCAUCCGACGCGAUGUAUCAGGAGGAGGAAGGCUCGCAUGCAGGCAGUGAUCAUGAGGAGGAGGCGAUGUACUCCUUGCCCAGCGUUUACCUAGCAGAGCUGCCUGUGAACAUCACCGACAACGGCGUUCGCCAUAUCCUUCAAGAGGUUGGUGCGAACCUUGAGGACUUGGUAACUAUUACCUUUCUGCAGCAGAAGAACAAGGGCAGUCACAUAUGCUGCCUCUUGAGGUAUCACAACCUCGAGACCGCGGAAGCUGUGGCCAACUUGCUUCAUGGUUUCAGAGUAUAUCACCCUGAUGAUAGGACGAGGCCUGUCAGGGCCAAGGUGGCGAAGCAUGCGAAGAACUUCAACCCCGUUUGCACCGACGUUUAUCUCGGCGAGAUACCCAACACGUGGACGGCUGCGUCUGUACACAAGUUUCUGCACCAGGCUGGAGUUGACCGGGGCGCUGUUCAGUCCGUGAAGCUGCUAUCGCAGCGCCCCGGGCGUGGCAUCGGCGUGAUCCUGCAUGUGGUCAGUGCUCAGGCGGCGGAUCGGAUUCUCGAGCAGCUCAGCGGGCAAGAGCUGUUGGUCAGAGGGAAGUCGAGGCCGUUGAAAGUUCGUCUCGCCGAUGCGCCGCGAGAGCGUGAUGCGGAGCCAGAAGAGAGGACCUUUCCGCCAAGGCAAGCACCUGCCCAGCCCCCGCGAGUGAUUCGACUUCAGUGAGGUGAAGCCUUCCGAUCUCAAGAUCCCCAUGACGAUUUUGGGAGAGGGAGGGCAGGGGUGACCC